GUUCGAUAGUUUAUUUGAGUACUAGAUCCUCUAUGAAACAAGCUGAUCGUCUCCUCAAACGUCAAGAGACAUUCAUUGAUCAGUUUAUGUCUGUGAAUCUUUCUAAUUGCUGUUACAAUGAAAUGACAUGGAGUAGCAGAGAAGCAAAUGAACAGAACACAGAUGUUGGAGCGCUUGUGUUCCGGGUCAAGUUUGCUAUUGUCUCUUUUAUGUUGCGUUGCGUGGAUUAACGUGGAACUCAGAAUCCAAGAACACAAUCGACUCAUAUCACACUCAGCAAAGUUCUGUGACAAGAUAGAGACAGAAAUCAUACGAAAGGUGCAAAAGAAUUACGCACGUUGGCAAUUUGAGAAUACAAGGAGAGGGGAAGAUGACGGACAGGAAGAUAUAUCGAGAAAGAAACGCUUUACACGGGAUGAUUUACAACAAAACUCUUCCUUAGCAUCCUCUUUUGUACAAAAGCUGAUCGAACAAGAGCUUAGUCUGCUGCAAAAGCAAAUCUGCGCAAAAAAUCACACACUUUGCCAAGCAGGACCAAAGGGUAACAGGGGAAGACGAGGAAGACCAGGAAACCGAGGGAAACUGGGUCCUCCCGGAAGAACUGGCCCAGAGGGGCCACCUGGUAAAUAUGGACCUAUAGGACCGCCGGGGCCGAUGGGAAUAAAGGGGGAUGUCGGAUUACCAGGGAGCCCCGGUCCUUUGGGACCGCAAGGGCCACCGGGAGAGAAAGGAGCCACAGGUAAGCCCGGUGAGUCCCUCUCAGCGCCAUCUCUGAUUGAGCGUCCGACUGGAAUUACAGUCAAUGAAAGUCAGACAGCCAUGUUGAAAUGUAAAGUGAGUGGUAACCCAAGGCCAAAAGUCAAAUGGUCUAAGGUGACAUCAUCGCUUCCUGUCGGACGUCACAUGGUAGAGUCCAGUGGUACGCUGAUUCUAAAAGACGUUAGACCUGGGGACGACGGAGUUUACAGCUGCAGGGCAGAGAGUUUGCUGGGACAAGUCAACACUUCAGCAAAAUUAACUGUUCAAUUCGUCCCUAAACUUAGGUUAUCAUCAAGUCGAUUAAUGGCUGAAGAGAAACAAAACGUGACUAUUGCCUGCAAUGCUGUUGGUCAGCCGCGGCCAAGGAUCACGUGGUCUAAGUCAGUGGGUAGUCUGCCGAAAGAUAGGACUGAAGUAAGGAAUGGAACGUUGAAAAUCUAUAGUUUGGCGAGAGAGGACAGUGGAAUAUUCAUCUGUAAGGCAGAGAAUACUUUGGGAUCAGCGACAGACACCGCUCAUCUCAUGGUAUUUACUCCUCUGAAGUUCAAAGUGCGUCCUCCUCAGGAGGUGACUCCACAUGCUCCUGAUCCUCUUUAUGUACCAUGUACGGCCGAGAGUGACCUGAGAACUACAAUCACUUGGACAAAGGAUGGCAUGUCUUCUCUUCCUGUGGAGUCUAAUGUUCUACAAAAUGGAACUCUGGUUAUAAACAACAUUAGGAAAUCACACCAAGGAUCUUACACCUGCAGAGCGACUAAUGCUCUGACAACAAUAGAAGCCAAAGUCAGAAUCAACCCUCCUAUUACUUCGUCUUGUUCUGUGAUAAGAAAAUACGUCAGUAGCGCAAACGGAAAUUACGUCAUUGACCCAGAUGGCGAAGGGGGACUGGCACCUUUCACGGUAUACUGUGACAUGAGUGACAAGAAUGGAAUUGGCGUGACUGUCAUUGGUCAUGACAGUGAAAGUAGAACACAUGUGAAAGGAUGCGAGCCUAAAGGCUGUUAUUCACGAGACAUUCAUUACGCCGGAGCGAGUUUGUCUCAGCUGGCGAGUCUCACCAGUGUCUCCUCACAGUGUGAACAGUUUAUCAAGUAUGAGUGUUUUAAUUCAGUGCUGAUAGGAGGGAUGGGAGGUGGAUACGCAUGGUGGGUGUCACGCGACUCCGCUAUAACGACGACCUGGGGUGGAGCAUCACCUGGAAGUGGUAAGUGCGCAUGCGGGAUGACCAACUCCUGUGCAGACCCCAGUUAUCCCUGUAACUGUGAUAAGAAUGACCUUGUAUGGCGUGAAGACAGCGGUCUGCUCACUGAAAAGACACAUCUACCAGUCAAACAGCUCAGGUUUGGUGACACAGGUUAUGGAUUAGAAGAAGGAUAUCACACUCUGGGAAAACUUAAAUGCUAUGGAAUAGCAUGA